CGCGUCACCGGCUUCGACUGGCCUGAGAGGAGGCACCCGGCUGCCUCCUUAGCACCGAAACUCGUUAAACGCCGACGUAUUGACGUUUCGCGCGCGUAUCUCGCUCGCAGCGGGUGUCUCUGCGACGCGCGGCGUCAGGACGCGUUUUUCUCCGUCUCUCUCUUUCUCUCCUUUUCCGUGUGCUGGUGGUGUUCAGUGAGAAAUAGCGAAGGGAGGAGGACUGACAUCCGGUCGGGUUUCUACUUUCGACAGAAACAGGUUGUCAUUCGAGGACGCUCGGGGAACAGAAGCGUUCCACAGCUCGCUCGCUAUGAAGCCCUGGGUAUCAUAUUUUGGUGUUGAGUUUCGAACGGACGACGGUGGCAGUGCGUCAGAGUGAAGGAGGGAGGACACACGAGUCGGGCGUUUGACAGAAUGACAAUUGACGUCUCUCUUUCGCAUGCUGACAUUUAACGGUGGCCACUCGAGGAAGAUGUCUCGACGAGAGAUAGAAGACGGAUCAUCCGGAGGUCGUCAAUGAUGUGACUCGUGUGCCGGUUUGAAGCGCGAUGACGGGUCACCGAUAGCGAUUAGUGCGAUUGGUUUUGUGACUGUGGCUCGAACGGGCUCGCUGCCACCAGAUUGUCGAGGACUUGAACAUGUUAGGCCAGUGAAUGAGACUUGAUAGACCGUGCGGUGAUCCCGUGAACAGUUUUAGGACGUAAGUGCGUUAUCGAAAGAAUGCGCGGUGCUUGAGAAGUUAAUUUUGCCGUGGCCUCGCGACUGGCUCGCCAAAAGCCAUCAGGCGAGUGUCUCGAGCUUUUUAGUUCAGCCCUCCUUCUCAUAUCGGCGCGGCAUGUGUACCACGGAGAUGACAGAAUCGUACACGAUGUCGCCAUCAACGACGGUAUCUUCCAGCGCCGCGACACCCGGCUGCGUGAGCGGCUCGUCGGCACACCGACGGACGUCGUGCAGAGGCUCGCCGGGUCGAGGAGAUGUCCAGGAGGACGAGGACGAGAUAUCCGUGGGCUGUCCUAGUCCGCUGCCGCUGGUAGUCGCGACGCCCAACACGGAGGACGAGCUGGCCUCUACCAGGGAAGAUUAUGUCGAUCGUCUGAGUCCCAGAAGAACCUAUCCACGGGACUCGGUGACGGAGGAUGAAGAGAGGGAUUAUUCUCGCAAUGGGGAAUAUAGGAUGUCGAAUGGCAGAACAGGUAGCAGGACUCGCGAGAGCGGUGAUUCGGUCACGACGCUCAGGGAUGACGAAGAGGACGAGGAGGAGGAGGAGGAGGAGGAGAUGAACAGCAGGACCGGUAGCAAUGGAGCGGCGGCUGCUGGUACUACGGAUGACUACUUCAAGCCACUAAAACGUUUGAAGAUGGUGCAGAUGCAGCACUCGGAUGAGGAGGACGAGAGGGAACGAGAAUCCAAUGACCGCGGAGUUAAGUCUUUCAGUAUUCUCGAUAUUCUGUCGCAUCGGCCGAAGGCGAAGAUCGUCCGUCCUUGGGACACGGCGGAUUCCGGCCUCGGCCAUCAGCGUCAUCACCUGCAGCAGCAUCAUCAUCAGCAUCAUCUGCAGCACCAUCAUCAUCAUAGUAGUCACCCGAGUCACGCGACCGGGCCCCGAGAUCUCUCGCUGAUGGGUAUGUCACUCGCGUCCAUGUCCAGCUCCAUCAGUGAGCCACCUCUCAGCAGCUCCUCGUCGUCCGGAAGGAGCUCCGUGUCGGAUUCCGGUAGUCCGGACCCGCUUGCCCAUCAUCACCAUCAUCACGCCGCGCUUCAUCACGCGGGCAUUCAUCCCGGUCUGCAUCAUCCGGCGCUUCAGCAGCCGCAGCAGCAGCAGCUCAAGAGGAAAAUGCCGCAACAGCACGGCUCCCACACUGGCCAAAACGGCAAGAGAACCACAGGGCAGGGCAGUCCCUUGGACGCACUCUUCCAAAUGACCAGCAAGACCUUCGAUGCGGGCGAACAUAGUCAGGAGCAAGCCAAUCACUUGAACCUAUUCAACAAUCGCCAGCAGCCGAAGAAGAAGCGCAAGAGUCGGACGGCGUUCACGAAUCAGCAGAUCUUUGAGCUGGAGAAAAGAUUCCUGUAUCAGAAGUACUUGAGUCCGGCCGACAGGGACGAGAUCGCCGCUCAGCUGGGUCUGAGCAAUGCUCAAGUGAUCACGUGGUUCCAAAACAGGAGGGCGAAGCUCAAGAGGGACAUGGAGGAGCUUAAGAAGGACGUGCAGACUGUGAAUCCACUUUUGGUCGCCCAGCAUCACAAGACUUUCCUAGAGAACGUGCAAGACCUGGGAAUCUUAAAGAAACGACCAUUGCCAAAUUCUAUGGACGAGAAAUCGUAGAGGUCGACUCGAAAUCGCCAUUUCGACCUUCUGUGUGCAAUCGAGGCUCGACGGGGGAAUCGGACAACGGACAAUUACUCGUGUAAUCAAGUAUCAUCGACCGAGAGGAAAGAUCGAACCAUGAUACAUAAUUUUAUGUUAUAAUUCAGGCAAGCACGUACGGGAAACUGUUUCAUGCGUCAACGAGGGUAUUUUUUGUAGUCUUUACUUUAUAUGUGAUUUGGUUUCUUAAGGCACUUUAAUGUCCUUCCUUGAAGAAGUUGAGGAAAGUCUACGCGAUAUAUUAUAUGUAACAUCUUUUUAAAUAUCCUUAACGCUAUCUGUCCAAUAAUCUAUUAUGAUUCAACGUUUACUUCAUUUUCCUCAAAACUGUAAAACUGUAAAACUAUAAAUGUUGUUUACAUUGUUACUGCAUUCAAUUUUUCAGAAAAUAUUCUAUACAUUAGAAAUAAAACAGUUACGAUUCUAUAUAUUGAAACAUUUAACGGAGGGGGAGGAAAUAUCAGUUUGAAAUUUUCAAAAGGAAUUUUCGUUGUGCUUGUUAGAACUGGAAAAAAUGUGGCGUUCUUAUGUCGUAAUUUACGGCUUUAAAUGGAAAGCAUAUCAUAGUCCGCUGCAAUUUUACGCGCAGAGCGCGGUGUAUUAUAUUGUAUUUAUUAUAAAACGGAGAAAAAAAAUUGAGGAACGGGAGCCGUGAGGAAGGUUGGCUAAAAAAAACCGUCGAUAAUAAAUUAUUAAAUGAGUAUUAUUCCAUAAAUUAUAAAUAACCACGCGUUGUGGCGCCAUUGUGUACAUAUACUGUAUAUAGGUAUACAUCGAUUCCUCGAUAAUGUUACGUAUAGGUAUGAUAGAGAGUUCGUUAUACAUAAUUAGAGUUAAAAGAAACCAUAAGCAUAGAUGGGACACUGCAAUAUACCUGAUUAUGAGUUUAAUUAAUGAAUUUUAGGCGCGAGUAAAAUGUAUAUCUGCAUACGGCGAUUCGUAAAGUGAUAGUGAGGUGCGUGAGACUAAGAACUAGGAGCGCGUGUGUAAACCGACUUAGUACAGUGUAUAGCGAAGCUAAAUAAAUGGAAACAUUACCGAAA